AUGCCAGUUUGCGUACAUAAGGGCUGCGAAAAAACCUAUACCGAAGAAGAGAAUAACGACACAGCUUGUCUUUAUCAUCCUUCUUCUCCCAUCUUUCAUGAAGGGUUAAAGGGAUGGCAAUGUUGUUCGCCUCGUGUUAUAUCAUUCGAUGAUUUCUUGGCUAUUCCAGGCUGCACACGUGGUCGUCACAGCGAUCAACAGCCUGAAGCAGUAGCAACCACUAAACCACAAGAAGACACAUCAAAAUAUUCAGUUGCAGCCACACCAACUGCAACACGAAUCGAAAACGGUGUUGAAAUUUACGGCAACGGUCCUUCAGUUUCAUCCAUUGGAAAAGAAUUCGAAUCAUUAGCGGUUUCGUCCUCGUCAUUAUCUUCAGGCGCUAACCAAAUAAUGAAAAAACCCGUAAAUGAAAAAACCCCAGAAGAAGAUGAUCUCUCGGUACCCGUAUCGCCUGGGACAAAAUGUAAACGUGGUGGCUGUAGUAAAACAUUUAUUGAUGAGUCGACGAGUCGUGCUGAAGGAGGGACUGAAGCUGAAUGCGUGUAUCAUCCGGGUAGUCCGGUGUUUCAUGAAGGAAGUAAAGGAUGGAGUUGCUGUUCUCGUAAAGUUUUAGAAUUCGACGAGUUUCUGAAGAUACGUGGUUGUAAAACUGGCAAACACUUAUUUGUCGGCUCAAAAAAGGAAGAUACACAAGCUGGUGAGGCUGUACAAUGCCGUCAUGAUUGGUACCAAACCCCUACUUCUAUAAUCAUGUCAAUAUAUGCUAAAAAAGUUGAUAAAGAAAAGUCUUCGAUCUCAUUCAGAUCCGAAGAGGUGGAAGCGAAUCUGAAAAUGUUCGACGGUAAACGAUUUUGUGAAGUCAUACCGCUCGAGUAUUGUGUUGACCCUGAAAACUCCACCUUUGAAAUUUUGUCAACAAAAGUGGAACUCAAUAUGAAGAAGGCAAGCAACAAAUCUUCUAUCUCAGGUCGCUGA